AUGGCAAAUAAGGACGAAGAACAACUUCUACAAGAUGCAUCAACAUUACUAAUGUUUGCUAAUGUAGCAGCUCAACAGCAACUGAAUCAAAGUUCUCCAAAUUCAACUUUAUUAUCACCACCUUUAAAUAAUAAUAUUCAACCAGUUAAUAAGAAUAUUUCACCACCACAACAAUUUCAAAAUAUAUUAACUGAUCAAUCAUCUAACCUAUCAAAACCUUCACCAUUACCACUACCACCACCGCCACAACAACAACAACAACAGCAACAACAGCAACAACAGCAACAACAACAGCAACAACAACAUCAUCAACAACUUCCUCAUCAAUUACCACAACUACCAUCACAACAACAACCUCAACCUUCACCACCUCAACUCCAGUCGCAAAUACAAAUACAACCACAGAUACAUCAUCAUCAACAACAACAACAACAUCAACAACAACAACAACAACGACAAUAUCAUACUCAAUCAAUACAACAAAUUACUCCAAAACAACCUCAUAAUAUAAUAAAUCCUCAAGAAAUACAGCCGCAGCCGGUUCUGCAAGCUUUACCAAUUCUUAAAUCUCAACCUUCAAAACCUUCAAGAAAAAGUUCAAUAAGUAUAAUGAUGAAUACUCCUGAAACUAAUUCUACUGAAAAUAUUUCAAAACCUAUAGAUAAUAAACCAAAUUUAGAGAUUAGUAAACCUACAAUUAAACCAACAACUAAACCAAAAGAUAAAUCUUUAUCUCCUGGUGCAAAAUAUGAAAGAGGUAUAGAUUUAAGAAAAAAAGAAAGAGAUAGUAAUAAUGCAAUGAUUGCAGCAGCAGCUUUAACUGCAGCAGCAGAUAUUCCAUUUCCCUUAAAAGAACAACAAAUUAAAAUAUCAAAAGAAGAAAUUAAACCAGUAAUUGUUGAAAAAGUUGAGAAACAAGUAGAGAUUGAAAAAGAGGUCCCACCACAAUCACAACCAACAAAAGAACCUGAGGAAGUUAAAAAGACGGUAAUAACUAAAACAGUUGAAGAACUUCCUCCAUUAUCAUCAUAUCAGGUAGAUGCAGAUUCUGGUUUAAUUGGUUGUAUUUGUGAAUUGGAAGAUGAUGAUGGAUUUACUAUACAAUGUGAUGUUUGUUUUAGAUGGCAACAUUGUGUAUGUAUGGGUUAUGAAAAUGGAGAUGAAGUACCAGAAGAUGAAUAUAAAUGUUAUUAUUGUGAUCCUCAAAAAUGGGGGAAAUUUGAUCCAUUAAUUGCAAGAGAAAAAACAUUACUCAGAUUAGAAAAUGAAAAAAUGGAUCAAGAUGAAAAAGAAAAAGAAAAAUUAGAGGUUCAACAAAACAAUGAAAAAAUAACUGACGAAGUUGAGAAAAAAGAAAUUAAUGUAAAUAAAAGAAAACAACUGAAUUCAGAUAAAGCAGAAAAAAAAAGAAAAUCUGAAGAUAAAGGAACAUCACCUAUACUACCGGACUCUACUAAUGAAUUACAGCAACCAUUCCAACAAACACCACUUCCACCACCACAACAACCAGAAUAUGAUGAUUUACCAAAUAAAAAUAAUGAACUAUUAGAAGAUGGAAUGACAGCAGAGUCAUAUCAAUCUGUUUAUUACACAUUAAAAGAUAAUGAUUAUAAAAGGAAAUCAGUCAAGAAUUAUUUAACAAAUUUAGGUAAAGAAAUGUCACUAACUACAGAAAAUAGUAAUAUAGAAGUUAUGUCAUUAAAUAAAUUCAAAUCUUUACAAUUGAGUCAAGUUAUUAGACCAAAAUAUUUAAAAUAUCUUUCAGAGAAUAACAAACUUAAAAAGAAAUUAUUUAAUCAAACUAAAGUCGAAGUAAAAUCAUAUGCUGAUAAUCAAAAACAAAAAUUUAACGGAAUAUCGAAAUUAUCAUUAUUUAUAAGUUCAAAUGAAUUAACUACUAUACCGGAAGAUACUCCAAUAAUUGAAUAUCUUGGAGAAAUUGAUUUUUUCAAAAAUUAUGUUCAAGAUAGUAUAAAUCAAUAUCAAUUAUGGGGAACAACAAAGCCAAAAGUUUUAAAAACUUCUUUAGAUGUUGGUGAUAGAUCUGUAAACCUUAUUAUGGAUUCAAGAUUUGUUGGUAAUGAAAGUAGAUUCAUUAGAAAAUCAUGUUUAUCAUCAUCAAAUGUUAAAAUAAAACCAAUUUAUAUACCAGAACAGAAUAAAUUUAGAUUUUUAGUUGUUACAUCAAAACCAAUAAUUUUAAAAGAUGAUUCAACUAUGGAAGAAUUAAGAUUACCAUGGGAUUGGGAUAUAAAUCAUCCUAUAUUAAAAAUUUCAAAUGGUAAUCAAACAAAAUUUGAAAAUUUAACAAAUGAUGAAAAAUCUGCUUUAAUUACUUAUGUUGAUAAUAUUUUACAUUUUGUUGAAUGUGGUUGUUCAACUUUUACAAAUUAUAAUAAUUGUGCUAUAUUUAAAAUUAAAAAGGCAACAAGUUAUUUAAUGAGAUCAACUAGAAAAGCUUCAAGUAUAAGUAAUAUUAAUUUAACUAAAAAUAAAGAAGAAUUAGUUAUACCAAAACCUGAGAAGCAUUAUAUAAGUUGGGAUGAAAGAAUGAAAGAUAGGGAUUUGGUUCUUCAAAAUGAGUUAUUAAAUAAAAAGAAAGCACCACAAGAAUCACAAACAGAUGAACAAUUACCAAAUCAAGAAACUGAAGUAUUUAACAAAGAUAAUGAUCAAAUGAUAAUAGAUGAAGAAAAUCAAGUAAAAAAAUUAGAAAAACCAGUAAUUCUUUUAAAAUUUCCAUAUAAACAACAAUUAAUAAUGCAAGCUAGAGUUGUAAAACCCAUUGAUUCAAUGGAUAUUGAUGACCCAGAAGAUCCAAAAGAACAAACAAUAGACCAAGAAGAAUCCGAAGAUGAUAAUAUUAUACCAAUUCCAAUUGUUACAAGACAAAAACCAACUAAAAAAUUAUCAUUUGCUGAUUAUAUGGGUCAUGGAGUAUUUAAAAAAUAA